AAAUUUUGUUUUAUAUUUGUAUUUUUAGUGCCACUACUGUCAUCGAAAAAAAAAAAAAAGAAAAGAAAAUGUGGGUAUCAAAAGUUAACAGAACAUCAGAUAAAAUGAGUGGAUUGUUUUUAUUAUGGACACCAAUUAAAAGAAAUCCAUAUUUUCAACUCGAAAAGCAAAAUUCAAAAUUUUUAGUUACAGAAAAAGAGUUAUUACCAAAGGGAUUUUUAAACUCAAUUAGUUUUCAAAAUAAUUAUGGAUAUUUUCUUGAAAAUCAACAAAAUAAUAAUACACAAUCAACAAACUCCACAACCAGCGACAAAGGUGAACUUUUUAAUAUUAUAGGUGAUAUCAAAAAUAAAGGAUUUGGCAACGUAAUAACAGAAAUUAAAGAAAAACAAAAGGAAAUCACCCAACUUUUAAAUAGAAAUAAAAUCAAAGAACAAUCAGAAGCAGGUAAAUCACAUGUAACAAAGAAUGAUUUAAUAUUGGAGCAUCCAAACUACAGUUUUUUAACCAAAUGUUGGAUACAUUUAAUUCCAUUUCUCCCAAGAUCAUGGCUACUCAAACCAAAUGAAUCUUAUAGAAUCGUAUCAUUAAUAGACUCAUUCGAACCUAAUCAAGUCUCAGUAUCCUCAAGCUAUGACGACAUUGAAAAUCAUUGGAACCAAUUAGAAUCUGAAAUAUUAAACUCUUUAAAAGUUUUACCAACAACCAAAGAAAAACAAUUUCGUUUAGAUACAUUUUUAAAUAUGAAAUUACACACUUUUCCAACUCGUCAAUCACCUCCAUCAUCCUCUUCAAAAAAUAUAAUCAAUAACUUAAAGUCAGAUGUAAACAUUGUAUCUUAAAAUUUAAACAUAUAUAAACUAAAACAAAAUAAAAGAGAAAAACAAUAUAUAAUUGUUGUUAUUGUUAUUAUUAUUUU